AUGUCUUCAGCUCAAGACCCUUUUUACAUUGUGAAGGAGGAGAUUCAAGAUUCCAUUGAUAAGUUGCUCUCAACAUUUCACCAAUGGGAACAAAUGAUUUCUGACAAUGGAGAGAAACGUCAUUUCUCUAAGGAGCUUCUCGCUGGUUGCGAGAGCAUCGAGUGGCAGGUGGAUGAAUUGGACAAAACAAUUGCAGUUGCAGCUAGAGAUCCUUCUUGGUAUGGUAUUGACGAGGCAGAGCUUGACAAACGGAGAAGAUGGACUGCUAAUGCUCGUAUGCAGGUUGGAAACAUGAAAAAACCUGUAAUGACUGGGAAGCAGUCAAGUGGCACAAGCACUUCUAGUGUUAAUGGAAUGCGGCAUGAACUAAUGAGACUGCCAGAUUCUCAUCAGAAUGACAAAUCAAACCAGUAUGCUGCACCAGAUAAUGAUGAUUUCAUAUCAUCGGAAUCAGACAGACAGCUACUUCUCAUAAGGCGGCAGGAUGAAGAAUUGGACGAACUCAGUGCCAGUGUCCAAAGAAUUGGAGGUGUUGGGCUCACUAUACAUGAAGAACUGACUGCACAGGAAAAAAUUAUAGGUGAAUUGGGUACAGAGAUAGAUAGUACAGCAACUCGUCUCGAUUUUGUUCAGAAAAAGGUUGCAAUGUGGCGAAGCCCCGGAAGCUCGCCACGGUGCUUCGCCAAUCUGCCAACCAGAUCUGGUGGCGAUCUGCGAAGCCCCGCAGCGAUCUUCGUGAAUCUAGUAUCAAACUCUCUCGCUGGUCGUGUUGGGGGUGGUGCGGUGCGAUGCGCGGCGGUAUGUGGUAGUGGUGGACUGUUGCAGUGUGGGCAUGGCGAUGGUAGAAGAACCCUAGCUCAGAAUUUCACCAGCACCAAGAAAGCAGAAGUGAAGAUGCAAGUCGAAAGUUCUCUGUCUGUGGUUGGUCCGAGGCCAACAGAGUUGUCAACUAUGAUAUAUAGUGGCGGCCCACCUGUGCCUGGACCAAAUGGGAAACAACGGAGUUCGAGCUUGGAGUCACCAAUCAUGUUGCUAACGGGGCACCAAAGUGCAGUCUACACAAUGAAAUUCAAUCCAGCGGGAACUGUUGUUGCAUCUGGUUCACACGAUAGGGAGAUCUUCUUGUGGAAUGUACAUGGCGAUUGCAAGAACUUCAUGGUCUUGAAAGGGCACAAAAAUGCUGUGUUGGAAGUGCAGUGGACUACUGACGGCGCACAAAUAAUAUCGGCCAGCCCAGAUAAGACUUUAAGAGCAUGGGAUGUUGAGACAGGGAAACAAAUAAAAAAGAUGAUGGAACACUCAUCUUUUGUGAAUUCUUGUUGUCCCACUCGAAGGGGCCCACCUCUUAUUGUUAGUGGGUCUGAUGAUGGGACUGCAAAACUUUGGGAUAUGAGACAAAGGGGUUCCAUACAGAAUUUUCCUGAUAAAUAUCAGAUUACAGCAGUCAGUUUCUCUGAUGCAUCUGAUAAGAUUUACACUGGCGGCGUUGACAAUGAUGUAAAAGUGUGGGAUAUACGGAGAAGUGAGGUUAUUAUGAAGCUCCAAGGACAUCAAGAUAUGUUAACUGGUAUGCAGUUGAGUCCAGAUGGUUCUUACCUUCUGACUAAUAGCAUGGACAACACUCUUCGAAUAUGGGACAUGCGCCCCUACGCACCACAAAAUCGUUGUGUGAAGAUUUUGGAAGGGCACCAGCACAAUUUUGAGAAGAACUUGCUGAAAUGUGGUUGGUCACUUGAUGGGAGCAAGGUUACUGCUGGUAGUAGUGAUCGCAUGGUCUAUAUAUGGGAUACAACUUCUCGUCGCAUAUUGUAUAAGCUUCCAGGCCAUACUGGAUCAGUUAAUGAGUGUGUGUUCCAUCCCAGCGAGCCUAUCGUUGGCUCCUGCAGUAGUGAUAAGCAGAUAUAUCUCGGUGAAAUCUAA